GGGAGACGGCAGAGCUCAUGAGGAGGAAGAAGGAAAAGAAAAAGGACCAAAGAGAAGAAGCUGCUAGAGAACGGACUACCUGCGGAGCUAAAGAAGAAGAAGAAGAAGAACUUCAACCACAUUCCUGCAGGAUCUUAAUCUGUUUCUUUAAAGUGUGUUUGGAUCAUGGAGAGUGUCCGAGCCGUCGUCUACCUGUCCGUCUGUCUGUCCGUGCUGACAUCACUCUGCCAGGGUCAAAGGUCGGCUGACAGCCAGUUGCCAUCGGCGCCGGACGAGCCGAUCCUCGGACUCACAACCAACGAGCUGGCUGAAGCUCUGCAGGGUCUCCUGGAUGAAGCCGACAGCAGAGUCGGUUUGUCUGUGGAGAAGAAAGCCAGCGUCAUCCCACGGUGUGAUGUUGGCGAGCGCUGUGCGAUGAAACAUGGACCUCGGAUUGGUCGACUGUGCGACUGUCUGCGAGGGACGGCCUGCAACACCUUCUUCCUGCGCUGCUACUGAACACACACACACACACACACACACACACACACACAGACACACACACUUCAAUGCUUUCAUACUUAUGAGGACAUAAACCCUGAACCAGGUCUGAAUUCUGUCCUCACAAAGAUAGAAGCAAACAUCGUCACACACACACACACACACACACACACACACACACACACACACGCGCACACACACACACACACACACACACACACACACACACACACACACACACCUGGCUGUCUCUCUGCAUGUUUGUGUCUUUGUGUUAAGAUUUCAGUGUCUGCCCUUCAGAUUCAUUUAUUUUUCUUAAUAAAGACUCUUCAUAAAGCUGCACGA